AUGAGCAAUCCUAGCGAACAAAAUAGCAACAACGGUGGCUGGAGACUUACUCGCGAGGCCAUCAAAGCCGCCCUCACUGAGUCCGAUAGUUCUGAUUCCGAUGACGAGCAACAAGAAGAUGAGGUGAACCAGGACCGGAUCACCGAGUCUGGAUUCCUGCCUAGUCGCUUGUCGAUCAUUGAGGGCUACUCCGAGGCGAUGCUCCAAUCUGUGGCAGACAUCACUAUUACUACUCCUGUUGAUCAAGCACCUCCAGGAUUCCCUACUCAAACGUCAAACUUGGGGACUGAGCGGGGUGUUGAGCUCGCUGCCCUUCGCUACAGCAAAGCCCAAAGCAACGCUGAGCGAACGAAAGCGGGAGAACGUCUCUCCUUUCAUCGAGAGGCAGCUUUGACCAAGGAGGACAUCGCGCUUGUCAACACCGUCGAUUCUGUCCUUGACACCUCUACCAGAGUUCAACAGUUGAGAGCGAAUAUCAGAACCUCAUGGGACAGCGGAGUGAAUGAGACAGCGCAAUUCGAAGGAACUUUGGACGAAAAGCAGCUUGGCAGCGGGUUCCCCAAAGAGGAGAUGCGAGAGUAUGCCAAGAGCAAGUUUGAAGAUUACAAGAUGUUGCAGAGUCUACCGGAGGAAACGGCCGAGCAGAAAUAUGAGAAGAAAAUCACCCUUCGAGCAUGGGCGGAUAGCUUCGAGGAGCAUUGGGCUUUGAGACGACUCGAGGAGUAG